AUGUCCGAGGGUGUACAGGCGGCCGCGGAGUCCUCGCCGGACGACGACGACGACCCGACAAAUCACCUGCGUGCGCAGUGCAGCGUCAUCGAGUCUGCAGUCUCUCGCCGGCGGCCUCGAUCGCGCACGGCCGACGACGACGAGGCCGAGCCGUGCUUCGAUCUCUCGAUGGUGCAGGCACUCCUCGCCAAGGCACACGCGUCGGUGAGACUGCCUCCGUGCGAGCGGGACCCCGAGGUGUUGACGCUCGUGCUGCGCUGCCUCGCCAACGGCGCGCUACUGCACGACCCGAGCGAGCUCGCGGAGGCCGACGGCCUGCUCGCUCUCGUCGAGGCGGCCGCGGGGUCGGCAGACGUCUUUGCGCCGCCGACGACGCAGCACGUCGCGAUGAUGCUCCUCCUCAACCUCUCGCGGGCGGCCUCCGCGGCGCCCGCCGUGGCGUGCCUCAAGCCGAUGCUCGAGGGGCUCGGCAGGUCGGACGACCCUCGCCUCCGCUCGCUGUCGUCCGCCGUGCUAAAGAACCUCUCCCUCCACGGCGGCGGCCUCAUCGCGCGCCUCUCCCUGCCCGACAAGGCGCGGCUGCAGCAGGUGACCCCGGCGACGAUGCUCGGCACCAUCAGCCGCCUCGAGUCGGGAGUGUCGACCGCAUCGCCGCCUCGAACGCCGCAAAACACCCGCAUCCCGGGCAGGAUUGUCGACGCCACAAAGGCCGAGGCGAUCCUGUCGUCGCCUUCGGCGGUCGCGGCCGUCGAGGCGGCGGAGGCGAAGGCGGUCGGCGAGGAGUUCAGCGCUGGCGCGGGGGGGGCGGGCGCCGCGGCGCUAGCGGCGCUGCGGAUGAUGUCUCAGGAGCUCUACCUCUCGCUCGGCCUCGCGCCCAUCGCCCGCGCGACCGCCGCCUGGGGCGCGCGCAAGGCGGGCGUGGUGCUCUCUGCCGUCGCCUCCGUCCUGCAGAGGGUGCCUGCCGGGCGCGCGUGGGUCGUGGCGGGGGCGGCGCUGUGGUGCCUCGCGUCGUACGCGCACGGCUGCGGCGGCCGCUUUCUCGAGCUGGGGGAGGAGCGGAUGGCGCGGCUCCUCUUCGGAUGCCUCGCCCCUGCCACGCCGCUGUGCGAGCGCCUGUGCGCCCUCUCUGCGCUGCGCUGCGCCGCCGCCGACGUCCGAUCGGUGCCCAUCGUCGCUCGGCACGUCGCAAAGGGCGAGGGCCUCGCCGACGUUGCGCUGGUGCCGCAGCUGGCGUGCGCGCUCCACCCGUGGGUGAGUCCGAGGCUGCGCGAGUCGGCGGCGCUGCGCCUCGCGAGGCUGCUCAUGCUCGCGUGGAAGCGCGGCACGCACGACGAGACGUUGCUCUACCUGCUCGAGCUCGCCUAUGCGCUGCACGGCUUCGGCUCCGAGUCCGCCGCGGCUCUCCGCACCGCUGCGCCGCCCAACGGCUGGUCAAACGACGGCUUUAGCGAGGCGGCGGCGCAGGCGUGCCUCUUUUGCCUCGCGGUGCUCCCGCUGCUCGGUGGCGGCGCGACCGUCUUCGGGCGCGUCGUCCUCGACCGGAUCUUGCCUGUCGUCCAGCCGCCCACUUCGCUGACCCACCCAGUCCGCGUGCGGCUCGCGCUCGCCUCGCUGCAGAACGCCUCGUCCGACCCGCGCGCCGCCUCCUGCUUCCGCGAGAGGGGCAAGGACAAGGGGAUGCGCCAGAAGCUCGUCGACACGCUGUGGGCGGCGGCGGCGCUGCCGCACGCCGCCGCGUCGGAUCUCGCCCUCGGCACCAUCGCCAACCUCGCGGCGGUCGCCACGGCGCGCUCCUCGGCCGACGAAGAGCUGACCGAGGCCAGCUUCGCGCUGCCGCUGGUGAUGCCCGAGCCGGCGGCGGUGGGAACUUUCCACCGCGAGCCUCCCCCGGCGCUGCCGCUGCCACCCGCGGCGGCGAGCCCGAGCGCCGAGGGCUACCGCGCGCUGCCGCGGCUGUGCGUCUCGCUCACCUCGCACGCGCCGCACGCGGCGCUGCGCCGCGCCCUCGGCUCGCUCGUCGUCCUGCUCAGCUCGCGCUCGCUCGACGCGGCCACCGCCCUCUCCCUCCUCUCCGCGUACGGCUGCGUGGACCGGCUCGUCGCGCUCGCGACGGCGCCUUCGGAGGCCAAGGAGGACGGCUCGGCAAAGGCGCUCAUCCGGGACGCCGCCCUCGUCCUCCUCGGCGCCCUCCGGCUCGUGUAUGGGCUCGGAGGCGCGCGGCUCGUCGCGCCGCACCUGUCCGCGAUCACGCCGCCGGCGAUCGCGGCGCUGGUGUCGACCGAGCCGCGCGCCCGCAUGGCGGCCGCCUUCUUCUGGCACGACGCCACCGCCGCCAAGGGGCCCGCGACCAGCCUCGCGCGAGCGACGGUGCCGGCAGGCAAGCUGGCCGGCGCGGGCAUCCCCAUCGGCAAGACGGCGACGGGCGGCGCGCCGGCCUUUUGCUCGGGGCUGGGCGUGAUGCGCCGGCUCGCCACAUCCGCCCCCGACGCAUCGCCGGCGGAUGGGCGCCUCGCUCUCCUGGCGGCGGGCGCCGUCUCGCACGUGCUGCAGCACUCGUCGCUCUCGCACUUGUGGACGAGCGCCCCCGACUCGCUCUCCUACCUCGAGCGGCUCUCGGAGGAGGAGGCCGCCGAGCUCGUGGCGCUCCCAAUCUCGCUCGCCAAGGAGGGGGUGAUGGUGAUGGUCGAGGGGGCGGCGGUGGAAGGGGUGAGCGUGCCCUGAGCGCUGAGGGAUCACCACCGACACUUUCGCGAGUUCUCGGCAGGUGAGCUACGCCAACACACCCUGGGCGCGCCACCCUCCAAGGCUACAAAGGCAGGCAUGUGAAAUUCAUGUGUGUGAUCUCUCUUGUGUGUGUGUGUUUUGUCUUCUCUCUUGUGUAUAACCAAACUCGUUG